GUUGGUAAAAUCAUCAUAGGCUAUUUAAACAACGCCUUCUUUCCUCUUCAGAACAAGCAAGAUGUUCUAACUCCGGAAAUCUAAGAGGCUGAUUUUCAUACGGCAGUAUGCAUGCGCAUGGAGGCAGCUGUCAACAUUUCAGUAACCACAUCGAGGAAUGCAUUAUUAAUUUACGGGUUAAGUCACGUGCAUUUCCAUAUUGUAUUUAUCACUGCAGGCAAUAAGCCUGUAGAUUUAGUUGUAGACUAAUAACACUCGUCUUCUCUGUUGACACCCUCAAAAAGGGAUGCACUUUCCGUUAGCUCGCUAGCCAGCUUUUGUAAUGGUUUUAUCCCGGUAAUGAGUAUAUUAGGACGGCAAGAACGACGUUAGGGAUGGAGGGUCUCUCCUUGUUGUUUUAGCAAUUGUUUUAAUUGUACAGACUGUUCAUUUUCAGAAACAAUAUGGCUAACAUUUAGCUAAGUUACAUCAGUGUCCCAAAUUGUUACUUGGUUUCUAAUGAUGAAUAAUUUAUUGGAAUACAAUGCCGCAUGAUCAGUGUGUCAGUGUUUUACUCUUUAAAUGAACUGGAAGAAUAGUGUUGUUUAAGCUGCUAGGGAGGUGACAUAUGCCACAAACAAAGCCAUUAUUUGACAACUGCGCCCUUUGAAGUGCCACGAUGGAUUCUUUUUUGGAUUUCGAAGAAUGUAUCAAAGAUUCACCACAUUUCAGGGCCUCUCUGGAUCAAUGUGAGAGUGAUGUAGCGGAAUUGGAGAGCCGAGUUGGAAAGGUGAUGAAGAUGUGUACUAAGAUGGUGGAGGCAGGCCAAGCAUACAACAACUCCAAUCAGCUGUUCCUGGCUGCAUUGGCAGAGUUUUCCUUGUAUCACAAGCGAGACAAUGUCGUUAUGAACUGCCUGCGCCAGUUCACUCAGGGGCUACAAGAGAUGAUGCAGUUUCAUACGAUGCUAUUUGACCAGACCCAGAGAGCCAUCACCCAGCAGCUCACCAAUCUGCUCUCACAGUUCAUGCCUCAGAUAAAAGACACCCGAAGGGAAUUUGUGCGGAUCGGGGAGGACCUUGAGACGGCUGCCGCGAAGAACGCCCAGAUCUCCCGCCACAAAACCACUGAGGCUGAGAGGGCCAGCCACCUACUGAUAGCAACACGCAAGUGUUAUCAGCACUUUGCCCUGGACUACUGUUUGCAGCUGAACAACUUUAAAGUCCAACAGAAGCUGGACAUCUUAAACUCGGUCUUCUCCUACUUCCACGCCCAGUACACCUUCUUUCACCAAGGCUACGACUUGUUAAGAGACUUGGAGCCCACCAUGAAGACUAUGGCCACACAGCUUGCUCAAUUUUCCACGGAUUGCUCAUCUAAGCGAAAAGAUCUGGAGAACACGCAUCUUCUUGUCCAGCAACGAGAUGCCUCUGGGGAGCCUGUCAUUGCCUGCACGCCAGCAGAUGGUGGAACUAUACAAGGAUACCUCUUUAAGCGCUCACGCAGGAAGAACAAGACAUGGAAGAGAUGCUGGUUCUCCACUGAAAACAACCAGCUAGUGUACACUAAAUCACACAAGGAGAAGCCCACAAUGCUGUUUGAUGACCUCAGACUGUGCGCCGUGAAGCCGCUGGACAGCAUUGACCGGCGCUUUUGUUUCGAGCUGGUGUCAGUUCAGAAGUGCUGUGCCCUGCAGGCGGACUCGGAGGAGCUGAGGCAGGCCUGGAUCAAUGCUGUGCAGGGCAGCAUAGACAUGGCCUACCGCCAGAAGGAGGAGGCGCAGCAGCCCCAGCCCAAGCAGAACUCCCCUCCGGUGCAGGCUGUGGUCCCCCCACCAGGGCAGCCGCCCCCCAGGCAGGCUGUGCUCGGCGUGGCCCUGCAGGGCCCUGGGAACCAGCGCUGCUGCGACUGUGGAGAGGAGGAGCCUCGCUGGGCCAGCGUCAACCUGGGCAUCACCAUGUGCAUAGAGUGCUCCGGCAUCCACAGGAGCCUCGGUGUCCACUUGUCCAAAGUCCGAUCUCUUACACUGGAUUCAUGGGACCCAGAACAAAUUAAGCUACUCUGUAUAUUAGGGAAUGAUGUUGUUAAUGGCAUCUUUGAGGAAUGCAGCUCAGAGGAUGGCAUAAAGAAGCCCACCUCUCACAGCCCACGUCAGGAAAAGGAGACCUGGAUCAAAGAGAAGUAUGUGGAGAAGAGAUUUGUGCGAAAGGCCAAUUCUUCUGACCCAGAAACUGUGAGGUGUGAAGGUGGGAGACGGCUCUACCAGGCAGCCCUCCAGGGGGACCUUGUAUCCAUGGCGGCAGCUCUGGCCCAAGGCGCGGAGGUGAACUGGAGCGACCCACAGCAGGAGGGGAGAACUGCUCUGAUUGGUGCAUCCAUUGGGGGUUCCCUUAUAGCGUGUGAGUUCCUGCUCCAGAACGGAGCCAAUGUAAACCACAGGGACCAGAGGGGCCAGGGGGCUCUUCACGCCGCUGCCAUAGGGGGGCACACAGGGCAUGUGUGCCUGCUCCUAAAGAGGGGAGCCAAUCAGUACGCAGCUGACGAAAAGGGAAAUGACCCGCUUAGCAUUGCCAUGGAGACUGCUCAUGCCGACAUUGUGACCUUGCUGAGAAUGGCCCGUAUGAAUGAGGAGAUGAGAGAUUCUGAGGGAUUCUUUGGUUCGAUUGGCGAUGAUGAAACAUUCCAGGACAUCUUCAGAGACUUCAGCAACAUGGCAUCCCACGAUCCCGAGAAGCUCUCCCGCAGACAGUUCAGUAAGAGCACAGAUGAGGAUGUUGAGGGGAAUCGACUGACGAGUAAUCAACAUGUAGAGGAAGAUGGAAGAGGCGGAGGAGGAGCAGGAGGAGAGGAUACUUAAGAUCAAAUGAUCAGACUUUUAACGUCCAGUGCUCUUAAUCCAGCUGCUGCACGCGUCACAUCUUGUCUUCAUGAGCACUGACUUAAUUGGGUCAGUCUGGACAGUAUUGAUGUUUUUUCUUUUUGUUUAUUUUACUUGUUCAGGAAAGAUAAACCAGGAAGUGUAGUGUUAGACUAACUACACAGUUCCAAAAUAGAGUUACACAAGUUUCAAGUCGGCAUUGGCCAGGAGAAAGAAGAAAAGACUAUUUCCCAUGGGCACAUUUAGAUUGUUUCUCUUUUCCCAGGAACAGAGUGCACCCACCCCCCUCUUCACUGUACAGUCGAUUAUUGAUUGGUGUUCAUGUGAAACGUGAGUUCAGGUUGAAGCAAGGAACCAGGGUAAGU